AUGGCUAGAACCUUCUUCUCAGCUCUCAGCCUUGUUCUGCUCAUUAGCUCGGCCUCUGCUUACAAGAGCAGCAGUGGCAGCGGAAGCUGGCAGAAGGGCGAGUGCGAUAUCACCAGGAUCAACGCCCAAGAACCAUCCUUCCGCGUAGAAUCGGAAGGCGGUGUCUCGGAGUUCUGGGACCACAACUCUGAGGACUUUCAAUGCGCCGGCGUGUCAUUCCACCGCCACAUCAUCCGCACCCGAGGGCUCAUGCUCCCCGCAUAUCACAAUGCUCCAGUCCUUGCCUACGUUCUUCAAGGUAGGGGUAUUUUCGGAGUGGUGAUUUCGGGCUGCCCGGAGACGUUUGAGUCGCCGCAGCAGCAACCAGAGAAAGAGGUGAGGGGAGGAAAGUUCACCGAUCGCCACCAGCAAAUCGAGUACUUGAAACAGGGUGAUGUCAUCGCCAUCAGAGCCGGAGAUGCUCACUGGACUUACAACAACGGCGACGAAGAGCUGAUCAUCGUAGUUGUGCAAGACAACUCCAACAACGCCAACCAGCUAGACCAGAACCCCAGGUCGUUCAUGCUGGCCGGAAACCCGGAGAUUGCGCAGCAGCAGGAGCAGAUGAAGCGAUUCAGAGGCAGCCGCGGGCAACAGGAGAAGCAGCACGAGAUGGGCAACAUUUUCAGGGGACUAAGCACGGAGAUUUUGGCAGAGGCGUUCGACGUGGACGAGGAGACAGCGAGGAAGCUCAAGAGCGAGAACGACGAGAGAGGCCCCAUUGUUAUCGUUGAGAAAGAGCUCCAGGUCAUCAAGCCUCCAUUCCGCCACAACGGCCUUGAGGAGACCGUUUGCAGCGCCAAGAUCAGAGAGAACAUCAACAACCCCUCACGCGCCGACAUCUACAACCCCCAGGCCGGCCGUCUCUCCACCGUCAACAGCUUCACCUUCCCUCUCCUUAACUACCUUCGUCUCAGCUUCGCCAAGGCCGUCCUUUACAGGAAUGCGAUAAUGGCGCCACACUGGUUGACAAACGCACACAGCAUAGUGUACAUCACACGAGGGGAGAACCGAAUUCAGGUGGUGAACCAGAAGGGGCAGGCGGUGUUUGACGGGCAGGUGAAGGAAGGGCAAGUGCUAGUGGUGCCUCAGAACUUCGCGGUGGUGAAGCAGGCGAACGAGGAGGGGUGCGAGUGGGUGGAGUUCCAGACCAACGCCAACGCCAUGAUCAACACACUCAGUGGCCGCACCUCAGCAAUCAGGGGGCUGCCACUGGACGUCGUGGCCAACGCGUACCAGGUAUCGAGAGAGGAGGCGGAGAGGAUCAAGUAUUCGCGCCAGGAGACUCUCUUCUUUAGCGGAUCUAAGUCGUCUCAUGCUACACAGUAA